UCUGAACUCUUGGUGGCGCCAUUGCAAAUGCACCGUGUGAUCGUUUUCUGCUUGCAAUUUAGCAUUUAGUGCUGGAUCUGGUUGUACUUUUUCCCUUCCAAAAUGUCGCUCGAAAUAGAAUCUGCAGAUGUUAUCCGCCUCAUCCAACAGUAUCUUAAGGAGAGCAAUCUUCAUCGCUCCUUGGCCGUCCUACAAGAAGAGUCUACAGUAUCCUUGAACACAGUGGACAGUAUCGACCAGUUUGUAUCAGACAUCAACAAUGGGCACUGGGACACCGUCCUGCAGGCUAUCCAAUCACUCAAGCUCGCUGAUAAGAUGCUUAUUGAUCUCUAUGAACAGAUCGUCUUGGAGCUGAUAGAGCUUAGGGAACUUGGAGCUGCUCGUUCAUUGCUUCGUCAGACCGAUCCCAUGAUCAUGUUGAAGCAACAGCAGCCAGAUCGCUACAUGCAUCUUGAGAAUCUACUCGCUAGAUCAUACUUCGAUCCACGAGAGGCCUACCCAGAUGGUAGUAGUAAGGAGCGUAGGAGAGCAGCUAUCGCCCAGGCUCUGUCAGGUGAGGUGAGCGUGGUCCCGCCAUCCCGCCUUCUGGCCCUCCUUGGUCAAGCCCUCAAGUGGCAACAGCACCAGGGUCUCUUGCCCCCUGGGGUUACCAUCGAUUUGUUCCGAGGGAAGGCAGCCGUGAGGGAUGAAGAAGAGGAGAAGUACCCAACACAGUUGAGCAAGACGAUAAAGUUUGGUCAGAAAUCACACGUGGAAUGCGCCUCUUUCUCACCUGACGGUCAGUAUCUGACGACUGGCAGCGUGGAUGGAUUCAUUGAAGUAUGGAACUUCACUACUGGCAAGAUCAGGAAAGAUCUCAAGUAUCAAGCACAGGAUAGUUUUAUGCUGAUGGACGACGCAGUGUUAUGCAUGUGCUUUAGUAGAGACAGUGAGAUGUUGGCAACCGGUGGGCAGGACGGAAAGAUCAAGGUUUGGAAAAUCAUCACUGGUCAGUGUUUGAGACGAUUUGAAAACGCUCACAGCAAAGGAGUGACUUCCGUUAAGUUCUCUAAGGAUGGUAGUCAGGUGCUGAGUGCUUCAUUUGACCAAACGCUCAGAAUACAUGGCCUGAAAUCUGGCAAAACACUGAAGGAGUUCAGAGGUCAUACAUCCUUCGUCAAUGAAGCUGUGUUUACGAUGGACGGUCACAAUGUCAUCAGCGCUUCAUCUGAUGGAACAGUCAAGGUGUGGAACAUCAAGACAACAGAAUGCAUAAACACAUUCAAGUCCCUCGGUGGUAGCUCCGGGACGGACAUCACAGUCAACAGCGUCAUUCCAUUCCCUAAGAACACUGAACAAUUCAUCGUGUGUAACCGCAGUAACACAGUGGUCAUCAUGAACAUGCAAGGGCAGAUCGUAAGGAGUUUCAGCUCCGGUAAGCGUGAAGGAGGUGACUUUGUCUGUUGCUGUCUGUCCCCAAGAGGAGAGUGGAUCUACUGUGUUGGUGGUGAUCUUGUGCUGUACUGUUUCUCAACCACUACUGGCAAACUGGAGAGAACACUCAAUGUCCACGAGAAAGAUGUCAUCGGUAUCGUUCCUCAUCCACAUCAGAACCUGCUGGCAACAUACAGUGAAGAUGGAUUACUGAAGCUCUGGAAACCUUGAGGAAGUAUAGGUGAAGUGAAUCAAACCUCAACAAGUGGAGGAGUGAGGGGGUGUAAUUGUGGAGUUUCAAUCCAUUCAAUUCUUAAACUUUGGCUAUUUUGUAUUUUUUUAAGUGUAAACAUUUUGUGCAACUGUUUUGUUUGUCAGAACGUAUUCUGGUUUGUUUUGGUUUCAUCUUUGACAGCAGCGACUAUGAUGAGCUAGGUUUGUGAGUUUGAAAAAGGGGGGGAAAUGCUGUGUCUUUGGGGCCUUGCAUGAGGUACCAUGUUGGCUUUAUAGCCAGUCUGAAAAACUCAACCCAAAACCUUCUUUAAAAAAACACAAUUUGUUGUUUGUCCUUGAUUUAUUUGAAUGAUUACUCACACCCAAAGUAUUUCUUUAAAAACAAAAAUUCUUAAAUGUUUUUAAUGUUCAACCCCCUGCCAAUGGUUAUUGCAAGAAUGGCCUGGGGCAGGGGAAGACAUUUUGUUAAAUCUUCUGUGUUUGUUUUUUUCUGUACAUUGUAAUUUUUUACAUAGUGUAAAAUAAUCCACUUGUCCGUAGAAGUAAUACAAUCCGUUAAAAAAGCUUUCAUAAGUUGCCAGUCCCAUGUUGGGCCUGUGUUUUGUGGCUGUACAGUACUGAGUAUAUCAAAUUCAAAACAUUAGUACAGAUCUGCCCUGUCCAUUUAGCAGGCUUAUGAUUUCUCAGUUUUUUGUCUGUGUUUCAGAAUUUUCUCAAACCCCACUUGAACCUUCAAUUGAUCUUGAAACAGUCACCAAAGGGAUAAAUAAAUAGUCCACACUGCAUCCAAACUUGUAGUUAUGUGUUUAUGUUGAUGCACAGAGUCUGUGAACCUCCUGAAUUCUAACAUCUGGGAGGUUCUGGGUAUAUAAUAAUGGGAAACCAAAGCCUGGAAGCCAUGAUUCAAGAAUUGUCUUAAUCAUCAAAUUUAUCCAUGAUUCAGUGCAGGCAGAACCAAGGCAUUAAGGGACGAUUUCAACAAACCCAGACCUCUAUGCUUCGUUUAUUUAAAAGGGCAAGGGCACCAAGGCAUUUUCUCCUCGGUAAAGGGGAACCUAUUAGGAAAUUUUUAAUUUCUGCUGGAGCAUUUCAAGGGCACCAAGGGGCAUGGAGAAAAUUGCAUUUGUCGCUCCAUGAAGUAUGAAGCCUGCAAACCAAUGCAACAAGUUUUGGGGUUUCUUAUCAGUUUUGUAUAAUCUACACAUGGGGAUGCUUCAUGGAUGCAGCUCUUUCGAUUCUCUCUCGAUUAGUUGAUUGUAACUAAACCGAGACUUGAAGUAAAAAAUAGUCUGGACCCUGUUUUAUAUCAUUAUAACCAGUGUGUGUUUUGUGCAAAUGCACACAAGGAACAU